GAGUUAUCCAAAGUAGAUAUAAAGAGGAAAGCGCGAUAAGCGAAAGACAACGAGAAGCGGAGUACUCGGAGAGUUCGAGUACAUCACUCCGAUCUCUCCGGCAUCAAGAUAAGUGAUGUCUUGUCCUGCCCAAACUAUAAGAAAAGACUAGAACCCUUCACAUCAUGAAGUGCAUCUUGCUGCAAACUCUCUAGCCCAUAACUUAACCCCACAAUGACACGCCUACAAUCCACCGAGAUCAAAGCCCUUCGAGCUGCGGCGCCUCCUCUCCCUCUCAUCCCUGCCCCAGCCGUCUCCUCCGAUGAGUACAAAUCACCAUACAACCGUACAAAACCACCAGCAAAGCACCUAAACCACCACUUCAGCCUCGAAAGCCGGAACUUUACCGGCUCAGCGUUGAAAAAGGGGUCCAGCCCAAGCGGUCCACGGAAGAUCAUCUCCUUAGGAACGGGACGACCAACAGCGGACUAUUAUCCGUGGAAAUCUAUAACCCUGAAUGAGCCUACACUAAAAGCCAAUCUAAAACUACCCAAAGAUCAGGAACAAUGCCACUCAGCGAACACCAUAACCAAACAUGACUUAACAUACAACCUCUCAAUCGCAAUGAACUACUGCCUCGCAAACGGAUCAGCACACUUACUCCGAUUCAUCACCGAGCACGUUGAACUCGUUCACAACCCCCCUUAUGCAGAUUGGGCAACGUUUCUCUCCUGUGGAGCGACUGCCGCGACGGAGGUGGCGUUUCGCAUCUUCUGUAAUCGCGGGGAUACCGUUCUAGCGGAGCAAUAUACGUACCCCGGGACGCUGGAAAGUGCUGCGUUGAAUGGGGUCCACGUCCAGGGGAUUGAGAUGGAUGAGGAUGGCUUGCGGGCUGAUGCACUGGACGAGGUAUUUUCCUCUUGGGAUGAUGCUCAGUCUCCCAGGCCGCGCGUGCUGUAUACUAUCCCGACGGGCCAGAAUCCGACUGGAGUUAGCCAGCCGUUGGAAAGGCGCAGAGCUAUCUAUGAUGUCGCAGAGAAGCAUGAUCUCAUAAUCAUCGAGGAUGAUCCGUACUAUUUCCUGAGGAUGGGCCCUUACCACGGCCACGACCAAGACGCCUAUAGGAAAAGUGGUACUGAUACCAAUCACUCUGCCUCAGAAGACGACAAAGCCGCUCAGAUCUACCAUUCCGAGUCCAUCCCCUCCUACCUCACCCUAGACACAUCAGGCCGCGUGGUACGUCUCGAUUCGGCAUCCAAAAUCCUCGCUCCCGGGCUACGCGCCGGCUGGGUCACUGCACCCAGGCAAAUCAUCGAUAAGUUCACCGCAUACCAGGAAGUGAGUACUUUAGCUGUUAGCGGCCCCUCACAGCUAAUGCUGUGGCACCUGCUCGAUGAGAACUGGGGGCAUGAUGGGUUCACCGCAUGGCUUGUUCAUCUCUCGCGGGAGUAUCGGUGGCGGCGGGAUGUGCUCCUUGAUGCUUGCAACAAGUACUUGCCCAGGGAGGUUAUGCAGUGGAAUACACCGGAGUUCGGCAUGUUUUUGUGGGUUAAAGUUGACUGGAGACAGCAUCCUCAGCUCAAGAGCUUGUCUGGAUUGUCGAUGGAGGAGGUUGGUGCGCAGAUAGUCGGAUUGGAGGAGAGGAUUACAGCUAAGGCUUUGGAGAAGGGAGUGCUUGUGACCAGGGGGUCGCUGUUCGCUUCGAAUCAGGAACGAAUUGACCAUCUGCAUUUUCGGAUGACGUUUGCGGCUGCGGAGGAGGGGGAACUGAAGGAGGGGGUGAGGUUGUUUGCGGAGGCUGUGAGUGAGGAGUUUGGACUACGCAUCUAA